AUGAAUAAGUUUAGUAAACUGUUUAUAAGCAAGAAUAACAAUGAUGUAAAUAAUUCGCAAAAAAAUGGAGAACUAUCAAACGUUAUUAUGUCCACAAUGUUAAAGAUCAAUUCUACUGACGAAUUUAAGAAUAUCGAAUUAAAAAAUCUAACGGAAAAUAAUAUUGAAAUGAACAAAACGGUGAUACAAAAUAUAAAUGGAAAUGGAAAUAGAAAUAUAUUAUUAUUAAAUGAGCUAAACAAUUUUAGUCAUAUUACUAAUAAUAGUUCUAUGAAGCAUGACAAAAAAGCUAGUUCGGUUCAUGGGUUAAUGAAAAAUAAUUAUAAUAGCAGAUAUGUAAAGAACAUUAAUAGUGUAUAUAAUGAUCCUUAUUGUAUAAGCAAUUCAUACCAUUUGAAUAAUCCUUAUACGAUUCAAAAUGGAAAAUAUGGGGGAAAUACGCAUUCGGCAAAUGAGUAUAAUUCAUAUAAUUGUCCUAUAGAAAAAGAGCAUUUUCGAAAGGUAAUAAAUAAUGCAGAAGAAAAUAUUAUAAACACCAAACAGAAAUAUAUUGGAAACAAUUAUUUACCAGGAAAUAAUACAAAUUUAACUAGGCAAUUGCCACAAAAGGGAGGAUUAUAUCGUGACAAUAAUAGGAACAAUUAUGACAAUGAAUAUCAUACUGAUGAAAAUAAUAUGCCUAUUAUAAAAAAAAAUAAUGAACAUAAAAUUGGGAACAAUAAUUUUGAAAAGAAUACAUUAGGUUUAUUACCUCGUGUUUAUGUUGUAAAGAAAAACGAAGAAGUGUAUAAUAAUCUUAUGAAAAAUGGAAAAACGAGUAGAUCACUAAGCCAAAUUAAUCAUAAUGAAAUAAAAAAUGGAGAUCCAAACAUGAAUGUAAAUAGUUUACACUACAUAGAUCAAUCAAAUAGAAAUUUAGUUGAUAUUGUAAAAAAGGAAAGUAGCGAAAAAAGCAUGCACCAUGAUAAAACUGGGAGUAUUAAAAAUUCAUUUGAAAGAAAACAAUGUAGUAACAUAAUUCCCAAUAAUACAUCCCCAGUACAAAUUAUGAAAACGAGAGAAAAUUUUUUGGAACCCAAUUCUGAUAAGUCUAGUUUAAAUGAAAACCGCAAUUUUUUUAUUAGAACUAUUUCACAUAAAAAUAAUAGAAAUAUGAAAGUUAUGGAAACCGAAAAAAGUAAUAAAAAUUGCUUAGUAAUGACUAUUAAUGAUCAAAAUUUAAAAAACUGUUUAUCCAAAGAAACUGGAGAAAAUAUGCACGUAGUUCGGAACGGGUUAAAAAACUAUAACAUAGAAAAUCGAAGAAACAUAAAAAAUAAUGUCAAUGGAAAAAACGGUUGUGGUAUUAUAUCAAAUAAAGGAAAUGAAAGUCAUGCAUCAAAUGUUAGUAAUAUGAAAUGUGCUAAUAUAUAUGGUGAUAAAAAUCAAUUACCUAGAGGUAAUUUGUUAAUGAAGCAUGUGGGAAAUAGGAUAUUAAAUGAAAAUGAUAAUAAUGAUUUUAAUAAAAUAAAUAAGAGUAAUUUUUUCAACAAUCAGAGCGAUAAAAGUAGUAAAUUUAAAGGUGGAUUUACCAAUAAGAAGAUGCUGUAUAUUGAGCCAAUAAAAGAUGAAAUAAUUUAUGUUAAUAAUUUAACAAAUAUUAAUGUGCCGCAUUUGAAUAAUUUAUAUGAAACUGAAGAAAUAGAAAAUAGCAAAAUAAAGUGUAACAACAGUAGUGUUGUGGAAAUAUUAAACGAGAAAAAAAAUAUCGACAAAAAAAAUGAUAUAAUUGACGAAAGAAAUUCAGGAAAAAAUAUGGAAAAUAAAAAAGAAAAUGUAGAUAAACGAAUGAAUAAUGAUAUUAUUAAUGACAAAACUAGUAAAGGUAAGUAUAUUAGCAAUGCAAAUGAGCUGAAUCAUACGGUUCUAUUGUCUGAUAAUUUAAAAUCAAAAGAUUGUAAAAGUUUCGCCUCAAAUAUGCAUUACCAUGGAAAUGAUGCCGAAAAAAAUUUUCUAUGUAAAAAUUAUGUAGGUUGUGCAAACCGAGACUUAAAAAAUGGUAAUAUAGAAACAAGUAACCGUUCUCAAAAUUUGGAUAUGCAACAUUGUUAUACUUACUCUACUUUUGUCGAUAAAAUAAAUGGUAAUUAUAAUUACUAUAAAACUGGAAAAUUAAAUCAGGAAGUAAAUAAUAGUAAUGCUUACGAAAAGGGGGAAAAUUUAAAUAAUAACUUUUACAAAGAAAACUGCAAUGAUGGUGUGAAAAAUGAAAACAUGAAUGAGUAUGAAAAUAAAAGUGUGAGUAAGGAUAGUGCUAAGAAAAUUAAUUACAACGGAGAAAAUGAUGCGAAUAAGCCGAAUAAUGAAUUUAUUAAAGUAAAAGAUUAUUUGAAUAUUCAGCAUGUUCCAACUAAUUAUAAUGAGCAAAUCAUAAAGCAAAAUUAUAAACUUAAUUUUCAUAGUACGGAAGAUAAUGUGCAUCUUAAAGGUUAUUAUUAUGAUAGCAAUAAAGGGGUGUAUUUAAUGAACUCAUCUAUGAAUUUUGUAAAACCACAAGAUACUCGUAGUUUUAUAAGCGCUUCGCAUGUAUAUAAUAACAUAGAUGAAAAUUAUAAUAAAAUUAACUAUAAUAUUAGAAAUGUAAAUCAUAACACAAUAAGUGUAUCAGAUAAAUUUAAAGGUUACCAAAAAAAAAACGCUAAUAAACCUAAUUCUGAUAUUAUUGGAAUAAAACAUUCUCAUUUAAAUAGGAAAUAUUUGAAUAACCCUUAUAUAAAUUAUAAUACAAAAAAGUUAAGCAUAUUAGAGUCACAACCAUACAAUAAAUGGAAUUAUAUAAAUUAUGACAAUAAUAAAGAUAUAAGACAUAUUACAUGUGCUAAUAAUAUUAAUUAUUCUAAUGGAAACUAUAAGGAAUUAAUAAAAAAUAAUAAUGAAGAAAAUAUUUAUAAGGUAAUAGAUGAUAGUCUUAGAUUAAAGGAAAAGACGCAUGAAUUAUUGCAUCUAAAUUGUGAUAAAAUUUUUGUGUGCAGUGGAGAUAUUAAUAAGAUUAAAAACGAAGGGAAAGAAAAUCGAAGUAUUGAAAUGGAUGGGCAUGAUGAAUAUGAAAUAAAUAAUACAAUAAUGGGCAAAGAUAAAAUUAUCGAAUCUGGCUCAACCCAAAAUAAUGUCUUUCUAGAAAAUGAAAACAUAAAUAUAUACCAUAAUAGUAAUGUUGAUAUUGAUAAAAUUAUAAAAAAUAAAAAAUUAUCAUAUAAUGAAGCUAAUAAUGGAGACAAAUUAUGUAAUACAGUAUUAAAUGAUUGCCAAAAUGAAAGAUAUUCCAUAGGUACAAAAGAGGAAAAGAAUUUUAAUAUUAGUCAAAUAAAGAAAAAUGGCAAAGAAGCACUAACCGAUUCCUAUAAUUAUCAUUUAAAUAACAUGAAAGAAAUCGAAAAUUCGAAAAAUGAUAAAAAAGGAAAACUAAAAAUUAAUAAAUGGACCUCAAAUGAAAAUAAUUAUGAUUUGUAUUUAAAUGGAGCAAAUAAAAAUAAUUUAAGAAAUAUAAAUACAAAAAUAGAGGACCCUAAAGACACAGAAGAAAGUGAAAAAGAAGAAAACGGAAUUGAACAUAAAGGAAAUGAAUUGGAAAUCGAAAAAGGUAAAAAUAUGAUAAUUUUAAACAAAAAGUUUAAUUACCCGUUUAAUGAUGAAUUAUAUACAUCCAGCAUCGACAACAAUAAAGCAGAACAUGAAAGUGAUAUUAUUAAUGUGAAAUGCAUUUCCUAUUCUAAAGAAAUAAUAUAUAAAAAAGAUGGAAAUAUUUUAAUUAAGGAGGUGCAAAAUAAAAGAAACGAAAACAACAUAUGUUUGGAGGAAAAUGUAGAAAUAAAAAAAAAAGAGAAAGCUUUUAAUAAGCAAACAAACAAUAAUAUAAGCGGAUAUAGUUCUUCAUUAGAUUCUAAAGAGAAUUACCCAAAGAAUAGCAACAUGGAGAGUUUUUAUAAAAAUAGAAAAAAGGAAAACGGAAAUGAUGUUUUAGAAUACAAUAAAACGUUUAAUGGUCAAUAUAUGGAGAAUAUUAAAAAUGAUAGUUGCAGUCGUGAUAGUAAUGAUAGUAGUAGUAAUAGUGGUAGUGAAGUUGACAAAACUGGUAAAGAUACCGACGGAAAUAAUAGCGAUAGUAACCAAUCAGAUGAAAAUGGCGUAUAUAACUGCCGUAGUAGCGAUAGCAACAAAUGUAGCAAUAUAUUUUUAUCCACAAAUAAUGUAGGUAUCGAAAGUGAAAAUGGUGAAGUAUCAGAAAAAAUAUGUUCUAAAAAGGAUAUAAAAAUAAACUCGCUAAAAAAAAAAAAUAAAUUUCCUUGGAAUAAAGAUAAUAUAGUUAAAUUAAACAGUAAGGGCAAACUAUUGAAAAUGAAAAAUGUAACAAUGAAUACAAAAUUAGCUAGAUAUGAAAGAGUGUUAAUACACACAUGUAUUAAUAAAUUAAAUUGGAAAAAGUGUAUUGAUAAUACAAAUAAAGGAAUAUUAUAUUGGAUAGGAUAUAAUAUAAAUGAUUUUGAUCAUUAUAAUUAUAUGAAAAAGAAAAAAAUAAUAAAUAGAAUACCAUCUUUAUACAUGUAUACUAAAAAAAAGGCACUUACAUUUUUAUUGUCUCAUUUAUCACUUAUUUUUCCAAGUUUAUAUGAUUUUUAUCCUAAUACAUUUGUCUUACCUGAAAAUAAAGAAAUUAUAAAAUAUAUUUUGAAUGGGAAUAAUAAAGAUUAUUACAUUAUGAAACCAGAUUGUGGAAGUAUGGGAAUAGGGGUUAAAAUAAUCAAUAAAUAUAGUGAUAUUAAUAUCAAUAUAUUAAAUGGACACAAUUGUUAUAUAAUACAAAGGUACAUAGACAAUCCAUUAUUGAUGUAUAAAAAGAAAUUUGACUUUCGUAUAUAUAUUUUAUUAUUGCCAGGAAAAAAUUAUCCAAAAAUAUAUAUAUCUAGAGUUGGGUUUGCAAGGCUGUGUACAGAAGAAUAUAAAAAAAAGAAACAAUACAUUUGCAAUACAUUUGUGCAUUUAACAAAUUAUAGCAUAAAUAAAGACAAUGAUAAAUAUGUAAGAAAAAAUAAUAUACAUGAUAAAAACAACAAUAAACAACUGUUAAGUGAUGUAUUUAUAUACUUAAAAAAUAAUGGUUAUGAUAUAGAUGAUAUAUGGAAACAAAUAAAAAAAAUAACAUGUUUAACUUCACUAGCAAUAUACUCAUAUAUUAAGGAAAAAAUUAAAAAUAAUUUUAAUAACAAUUUUUAUUUCUAUCAAUUAAUUGGAUUGGAUAUACUUUUAGACGCUAAUGGAAAGGCGUGGUUAUUGGAAGUGAACUCAAAUCCUUCUUUAAGAAUAGAUUAUAUAGACCCAGGAUAUGCCGAUUUUGAAAUACAAUUAGAAAGUAUGUUUGAUAGGUAUGUAAAGGAGCCUGUAAUAAGUGAGAUGUUUUUAAUAAUAUACAAAAAAAUUUAUCAAAAAUAUUUAAGGAAAAGAAGUAAAAAAGGGAUUACAAAUGCUGGAAAUACAAUUUCAGCGAUUACUACCAAUAAUAAUAAUAAUAAUAAAGUAGAGAAAAAAGACAAACAGAGCAUUACAUUCAACAAUAAUGGUAGUAACAAUAAAAAACGUGGGGUAAAAGUGAACCCACAAAAUAGUCUACCUAAUAAUAGUAUAUUUAGUUUCCAUGAUAAAAUAAUAAAAGGGCUAGCUGAAAAUAAAAAAAGGUGUGGUAAUAAAAUAAUAAAUAAUUAUUCUCAUAAAGAAAAAUUUAAAUUUCUUUUAGCACGCAGUAACAAAAAAAAAAAUAAUAAUAACUAUGAAAUUUUAAAAAGCGAAAUAAGCACAACCAAGCAUUUACCUAUUCUUGGGAAAAGUUACAUAAAAAGUGAGUACUCGAUUAUAUCAAAUAGUAAUAGAGAUAAUUUGGAAGUUGAAAAUGCAAAUAGUCGAUUAGAAAAUAGAAAUUUAACUAAUAUUAAUAAUUUUAUUAAAAAAAAAAAUGGUGCAAAAAAAAAAAAAAAAUUAUUUUUAAAAAAGGAAAUCAUGAGCAAUGUUGAAACAUGUGUAGAUGAAAAUGAUAUUGAUAGUUUUAGCUUGUCAAGCAAUGUUAAAAAUGAUUUGAAUAGAAAUGAAAAUUUGAUAAAAGAGGAUAAGGCAGAAAUGGUAAAUGUGGGAGAAAAAAGAGUAGGCAAAAAAGAAUAUGGAGAUAGUAGAAUAAUAAAGACUAAUGAAUUGAACAAAAAUGAACAGAUGAAAAACGGAUGGGAUAAGAAUAAGAAUGAUAAUGAGAGCAUCAUUAAUGAUAAGGGUUGUGGUAGAGACGAUAUUUUAAGAAAAAGUAUUGGUUGCAUAAAAGCACAAAUAAAAGAUAAAAAUAAUAGUUAUGAUGGAUCAGAAGAAUACAAUAAAGAUAAUUAUACUAUAAAUUUUCCGGAUGAUAAUAGAGAACAAAAUGCUAAAAUAAUAAAUUCAGGUGACGGUAAAUUAAGUCAUCACAAUUGCAAGGAAAAUAGUAAUAAUAAUAUACCCAUAUCUAAAGAAAUAAAAAGAAAUGAUAAUAGUGGUGAUAAUUUGUAUCAUAAUUAUAAUAAUAGUUGUUUUUGCAUUAAUGAAAUUAAUGCAAGUAUAAAUAAUUCUGACGAAGUUGAAAAUAAUGAAAUCAUAGAAAAUAGUGUAAAUGGAGAUAUAACGGGCAACAUAUCAUAUGUUAUGAUAAAUAAUUCAGGUGCUAGUUAUACCAGUGUUGAUCAUGGGAAACUAGAUUCUGAGAAAAUGGUUAAAAAGGAUGCAUUAAUUGAGUCGAAUAUUUUAAAUAAUGAAACAUAUGUACAAAUUGAUAAUCAAGAAGAUAUACAAUUAGAUAAAUUUUUAAAUAAUGAUAUUGAAAUGUGUAAAUCUAUUUAUAGAAAUAUUAGUGAUAGUAUAUAUAAAAAGAAGAUAGAGAACUUUAUUAUGAUAAGAAGUAGUUUAUAUAAAUAUAUGAAUUGCUUAAAUGUUCUUGGAAUAAGAUAUAUUAAUAAUAAUGAGAUACGCAAUUUUGAUGAAAUGUAUAAUAAGAAUGUACCACUAGAUUUUAAAAAAACAUAUACAAAAGUUCGAAAAGAUAUUUUGCAUCCUUUGAAAAACAAUAUAUUAGAAAAAAAUAUAUAUAUAAAUUUAAAAAAAGAAACAAGUAGUUAUUAUAAAGAAAUGAAAUUAUAUAAUGAUUGUUACAUUCUAUUCGAUUUUAUUUUAAAAAAAUAUGACAAUAACGCAAAAAAAUGCAAUAAAAGAGUUGAAUACUAUAUUGAUAAAAAUACCUUUCUAUGCAUGUGUGCAGAUAUUAAAAUAAAUAAAAUAAUUGAAAACAUCGAAAUACCUGCAAGUACUUUCAAUAGUUUAUUCGAAGGAAAUAAAAGUUCUCAUGAAAAUGAAAUGCACCAAAUUGUUAGUAAAAUUUUUAAAAGUAAAAAUGCAGAUGUAGAUAAAUUGAAAAGAGAAAAAGAAGAAGAUGGACAUUUUAAUAUUCAGAAAAAUUGUUCAAAUAAUUCCCGUUUUUCUAAUCCAAACGAUGACGAAAAUGAUAAUUCACUAGAAUAUUAUUAUAAACAAAAUUGCAAAAAGGAAGAAACCAAAACAAGCAAAUUCUCUUUAUUACGUUCUAAGAGAGAGAUUUUGACAAAAAAUAAUAAAUCAACAAAAAAUUGUGAAAAGAUUGGUUGUAAGAAAAAUAACACAAAUAAGAAAACCAAAAGCAACAAAAGAAGUAGCAACUAUAAUAGUUUCAUUAGUGAUGAUAAUAAUCAAAGUAGUACUGUCAACAAUAAUAAUGAUAACACUUAUUAUUCGUCUAUAUUUUGCCCAUUUUCUUUAGUCUCAACUUCAACAAAUUUGAUAAAUUUCAAUAUGAUUGGGCAUAACAGCAUGAAGUAUAAGAGCAAAAAAAAAAAAAAAAUGAAUAUCUACGAUUUGGAAUAUUUAUAUACGAGGCAAGUGUUUUUUAGCAAAUAUAUUAACAAAAAUCAAGGUUUAACAUUGAUUGAUUUUUUUUUAUUAAUGCAACAAAUAGCUCUUUUAAUAUUCCCAUAUAUUAGCCACGAUUACGCUUGUAAUGGUAUACAACCUUAUAACUGUAUACUUUUUGAUGAAUUAAACAAUGGAGAAAAUAAUAUAAGUGGAAAUGAAACUAAUGUUAAAGGCCUAAAUAACAUCAAAAAAGAUGGCAAGAAUAUUAAAAAGAAAGGAGAGAAUGAUCAAGAUAAUAAUAAUUAUUUGAAAAAAGGAAAUAAAGGUCAUAUUAUAAAUUUACCAAAAAAUAGUACUAAAGAUGACCAGGAAAAGGCCCAAAUAAUAAAUGAGCAUUUAAAAGAAGAAAACAAUAAAAUAAAUCACAAUUAUAACCCAACACAUAUGGAAGACAAAAAAAAGCAUAAUUAUACAUGGCACAAAAAUGUUUGUACUAAUAUAUACAAUUUGUAUGGAUAUGUUCAAAUUAAUAUCAACCCUGCUAUAAAAAAUAUGUGUAUGGAAACAUUUUUAAAUUUUGUUUUUAACAAAUAUUCAAUAUCAUAUUCUUAA